AUGAUUACACAAAUAAUUAAUUUUAAAACUAAAAACGAUCUGAUACAAAAAAUUGUGGUAGAAAAUGGUUUAGAAGUUUCUAAACCUUCUGAUAUAGCUGAUUCUUUUAAUGAAUAUUUUCCAAACAUUGGUGUUAACUUGGCAUCAAAAAUUAAUAAUAUAAGUUGUAAUUAUCAUUCUCCCAAUUUUCAAAGGUCUUUCGUUCUAAGACCCACUACUGAAAUAGAAAUUAUUAGUACUUGCUUAUCUUUACAGAACAAUAAAUCUCCUGGUCAUGAUGGUAUAACAAAUGAAACGCUCAAAGUAACCAUUAAAUAUAUUGGUAAACCUUUAACCCAUAUAUUCAAUUUAUGUUUUCAAAAUAGAUUUGUCUAUAAACAACUUAAAAUUGCCCAUAUCAAACCGUAA